GGACAAUAUGCGCUCGUUAAAGUCGUCGCGCGUUUAAUCGUUUUACAAUAUUAUAUUACUAUGCAGCCAAAAUUGUUAUUAUUGUCACUCGUCGUAUCAUGGCCGUACGAUAACGGCGGACCACUUCUCUACGACUCAGCGUUGUGUCAGUUUUCGACGACGAGACUCACGGUGAGGAUCGGGAGCUCUUUACGACAUUAACAUUAAUUAACGACGACGACGUCAUCCAAAUUCGACGUGCACUACCUAUCAGGGUAGGUAUGUGCGGUAACCAACGCGCGUGUAGGCAGUCGUGGAAAGUGCGUAAACCUCGCGUGCCGAAUAUAAUAUCAUUCUAUAUAAUAUAUGUAUAAGUACGUAAAAGUCGUACGGUGCGUGUACCACGCACUUUUCAGGUCACAAACAGUAUUGUAAUAGGUUUAUAUAUACUAUUAUUUCUUCACGAUAUACUGCCAGACCAAUUUCGAAUAGAAACGUAUAAUAACUAAUAAGUAUAUUAUUUUGGUGCGAUCGAGAAAAGAAAGAUGAAAUUUCUGGGCAAAACUUUUCGAGUCAACGCCACUGAUCAACGACACUCGGCGGUCAAUCCGACAUCGGCGGGCCGCGCAAUAAUAAACAACCGGACGGACGUGACGGACCGCCACCGCCGCUUCAAGUCAAAACUCACUCCGGAAAGGGUCAGACUUAACGGAUAUGAUUCCAGUGAGACUUUUAGUGACAUGUUGGAAGACGUGGCCGUCAAUUACCGGACGCAUCACGGUACUCAGCCAAGACCAGUAUCACCAAUGAUUCACGUGACUAGGAGAUCCUCUACGGCUUCGCAAUCGGACUCGGACAAGUACGGAACUUUGGAUGACACAGACAUGUCGGUGAAUUCACUUACAAGUGUCAACUCAAUAUCGAGUUUGCUGAGGGAAAAACUUUUAAUGAAUAUUCAAAAAAUGUCGAAAAAUAAAGAAGUGCAAGCCGAUUACAAGCUGAGGGCGUUCAUUAUAUUUUUGUUUGUUGUGAUAGUCUGCGUGCUGAAACUUGCCCACGUCUAUUACGACCGUCACGUGCUGCAGAAAGCAUAUUUCAAGUACACGAGGUUCAACAAGGACGACCGUUUCUUGCGAUUAUUCGGUGUCGACGGGCACGAGAUAGCGUUCGGUUACCUCGGCGUGGAACUGGCGGAGAGGGAGAAGGCUUUCGAUUGCUUGGCGGCGGAGCACCGUACGCCUCCGAACGCGCAGUGUUUCGAAUGGAUGCAAAAGGCCAGAUUGUAUCUGUCCCACGAGGAAAGACCGGAGGGUCUGAACUGCUACACGGUGGAGUGGUUCAGCCUGACGGAUAAAUACAACCCCAUAGACUGUUACGAGGACGGUGAACAAUACGGCCAUUGGUACGGAGGUGGUAGAACGUUGGGCAUGGCUUGGCCGGUCCAGUUGGGGAGGGUGGAAAUGUCGCCUUUCAUAACCGGACACGUUGGCAGGCACCGGUGGGGUAGCGUGCUCGGCAGGUACUUCAUCAACUCCAAAGGAGUGGCGAUCACUGUGCAUUCAAACACGCCACUGCACGUGUCCAUAAACGCCGGCCGCGACAACAGGUUGUGCAUAAAGGCGAGCCACGACGACUUCGCCUAUCGACGGGAAGCCGAACUGCCGGUCCUGAACUAUACGAUAUGCUCUGCUCGAAACAUGAAGACGCUGCACACUGCCCUCUCCGAGAAAAUGUUGUGGGACGGGCUGAAAGCGUCGGACACCGAGAUUAUAAACUCCCUGCUCACCGAGCCCGUCUGGCAACUGGCGCCGCCCAGGAAAGAACUACUCAACGAGUCCACGAUGGUCAACUACACAGAGGACAUCAUCACGCUGGGUUUCAUAAAACAAGGACACGUGUUGCUGAACGAAUUUUGGCAAGCGGAAAUGGGUGAUUUUUCCCUGGACCAAAAAAGAUUUCCAACCAUGAAAGAGACGAUCAAUAUAAUCCACAGGAGAGGUUUUCGAAUUGUGGUCACUAUACAACCAUUCAUUAGCACCGAAUCGAGAAAUUUUGCAAAAGCCGUCAGAGAGGGUAUUCUCGUCAGACAAGUCGGAAAUGAGCGAGACGUCCCGGCCCUGACCAGAUACAAAACUGUGCAAAGUGCUGGAAUGUUGGACGUAACCAACAAAAACUGCGGACCAUGGUUACAGCAACAGUUGAAAGACCUCGUGGAAAGAUAUCAAUUUGACGCUUUCUACUUGGACAUGGGAUCCGCUUACGACCUACCCCGCCAUUAUCUGUUUGCCGAGAACCUAACGAAUCCGGACUACUACAAAUCUCUAUUUACGCAGAUGGUUUCAGACAGCGUAAACGUGUUCGGCGUCUCUUCGGCCAUCAGUCGGCCGCCGGCUCCAAUUUUCGUGUCGUUACUGUCAUUGGCCUCGACUUGGGACUCGCUCCAGGUGAUCAUACCGACCAUGCUCACGUAUGGAAUAGUCGGGUAUCCGUUCCUGCUGCCUGGCCCUGUCGGCGGAGACUUUCAAGUCGGUAACGUUUCGUUGCACGCACUGAUUCCGCCAGACAAUCCGUCAGUAGAACUUUUGGAGACCCAAUCGCUGAAGGAAUGCAAGCAACGUGGACAGAACUACAAUGAGAGCCGAGAACUGGUGAUGCGAUGGAUGCAGUUGGCUACGUUCUUACCGGUGAUUAGGUAUGCAAGGCUGCCGAGCGAUUGUGACCCACAAGUACUCCAGCUGACGAAAAACUUGACGUCACUUCGACAGCAAACAAUCAAUCCAUUGCUUAAACGGUACGUCCAAGAAGCUCUGGAAACCGCGGUACCCUUGAUACGGCCGCUGUGGAUGUUGGAUCCGUCGGACACGACGUGCUACAUAGUGAAAGACGAGUUCUCCAUUGGCGAAGAAGUCAUCGUGGCGCCUAUUCUAAGACCAGGCGCCACGGAGCGCGAGGUGUACCUUCCGGCCGGUGUGUGGAAGGAUGGGAUCGAAGGCAGCUUGAGAAAGGGGUCCAGGUGGAUACACAACUACAAGAUACCGUUGGACAAAAUAGCGUAUUUUGUCAAAAUGCCAAACAACACUAGAUUUUGAUUCGUUAAUAUACUUAGAAUUAUUUUAUAAUAAUAUGGGUACAGUAUGAUUCACCUAUCGUGCUCAUACCCAUUUUUCCUUAACACUUGUGAGUUAAUUCGAAUUCUGAUGUUCAGAUUUUUUAUCAAAACUAUAUGUGUGACAAAAAUGAUCGUUGUCAUAAUUCUUAGUGACUAUUCAAAAUAUAGUGUUUAGUUUUUCUAGUUUAUAGUAGCCAGUAUAUAUAUAAAAAAAAUAAAUUAAUAUUAAAAUUA